GUCGAGCUGGUCGAGAAAACAGCACGCUCGUGAAACCAACUAGUCCAGCACGCGUGCUCGCUCAUUCACGCGGGUAUUUCGAACGAAACGUCAAUCCGACGCCCUCCGGCACUCCUCCCUUCGCCGCCGCCGCGAUCGCGGAAUCUCGACGAGACGCUCGGAUCGGAUCGAACGGCUUUGCUGACCAGAGAACAGCACGUUGAAAUCUCCGGAGGCAUUUGACACAUCGAUGCCGAAACGGAGGAUCGAUACCGAAACGUCACGUUGAAAUAUACGGCGUGAUUUACGCGCCGCGUCGGUGUUUUCGGCGAUCUGUAAAAUUGACAACUUCGAGGCAGUUCCGCGGUGAAUGAAAAGCAACAGUGAUCGAUCGAUCCUCGGCCGAGUUCCUCGACUUAGAAGCCGAUGCUUUAAGAUCCAGGAAGUUCAGCAUCGGCGGUGGUCCGCGAAAGAAGGGGCCGAUUAAAAAAGUUCGGGCCGAUUUUAGGGGACGAGAGGCGCGAGGAUAUUUAUCGAAAAAGUUUCGCGCGACUGGUUCGUGAAACUUUUGGUGCGAGAAUUACGAAAUCGGCCGGAUCGAUUUUGUCCGAUCCGCGUUAGCGAUCGGAUAGAGAAAGUCGAUCGCGCUGGCCGGCUGAAAAACGAGAUCGCUGUGUCUCUUUAAACGAAACACCUGUGCGAGUUGCUGCGCGCGAGGUGGCCCCGCUGUGCGUGAACGGUGGGCCGUUCGGUGGGAAACGGGGUGGCUCGUCUUCGUAGAUAAGGGAAGCGGCGACCCCGGGGCUGUCAAGGCGCGCGUAUAAAAUCGACGAUAGCGAAGUCGACAGCCGCCAGUGUCGCGGGAGCCGCGCGCGAGAGAGGACGUGGGUCGCGUAACGUCGCCGCGAGGCAGAACUGCACGCGAAUAAAUGAUCCGUUCCGCAUGCAGCCGCGAUUCGCGUCAUGAAGAAACGGCCGCUGUAAAACUUCUGUAAUCCGAGCCACGGACGCGUACGAGGACCAUGUGCGACUGAGAGAGGGCUUCGGUGGGCGUGCAGACGGCUGUGACACGCGGGACCGUUUGAAAGUUUGCGAAACCGCUCGGCAGGCUGACUUCGGAGUCUCUCUGGGGACGAGGCAUCGACUGCGAGGAUACAGAAAAGGGACCCUGCGGGAGACGGUGAAACGCUGAGAAGAUUCGUCUCGACGAAUUCUGCUGCCGCGGGAGGCUGAAGAUUUUUUAAGGAACGAUGGAAAGCCGGCGACGUUUCUGAGAGAAAACGGAUCGCGAAACAAUCGACGAAGUCCGAAGAAGUGACGAAGAUUUCCAAAAAUCCCAAGACUGUCUAAGAUAGGCGUUUUUUUAAAAAAAAAAAGAACCCGAAAGUCUUCAAUCUCGAACAAUAAGCUGCCACCUUCGAGGAUUUUUUUACGAAACAUUGAAAACCGUGACUGAAUUAGGAAAUUACGGAGAGUUGUUUCCUCCGAUAAAUCUCCGACGAUUUAGGAGACGAAUUAUAGGAGACUCUGUAGAAGGAGUUUGCGAAUUAAAUAGCAGUAAUCGAAGAGAAUUUUUCACGAAAAUUUCGUGGAAAAUCGAGGCGACGCCGAAGAUCGUUAUCCGAAAAUUGCGUAAACGGGUCGGCGGAGUAGCCGUUUUCACGAAGGGUGGGCCGCCUCUUGGCAAGUGGUUCGAGCGUAGAUUUCCAUCGAUUUCGUCCGCGACUCCUCCACCAUAGAGUUCGCCGCGCUGAAGGGUACGGCGAGGGCUGAGAGAUGCGUCCGCGAUCGUGCGUCGCGCGUAGAAGCGGAAAGCCGAGGGAACCUUGAGGGAUUCGCGGAAGAGAGACGCGAGUCAGGAAGAGACCGAGGAGGCGGUAGGAGGACCGAAGCGAACAGGGCAACGGAGAGGCGAGAAAACGGCCGAGGAAUGCCGUGGAUAAAGUGUUUGGGUGGCGGAGGCGGAAACGCCAGAAGAGGCAAACCACUCAGCGUCAGCCAGCCGAUCCACCUGCUUGUCAAGAGCGAGUUCGAGCCGCAGUGUCACGUGUUCCGGACGAAGCAGUUGCGCAAGCCGCGACCGUGCCAUUUGUGCCAUCAGGCGGUGAUCAAGCAGGCGUCUUGCUGCCGAGUGUGCAAGUACAUCUGCCACAAGACCUGCGAGGACAAGCACAAUGGGGGCUACGAAGCACAGCCGAAGAGUGUCAACACCAUCACCAGGAGCAAGCAGCAACAACAGAUACAGACGUCCUCGUCGACGACGGCACCCGCGAGGACGCCGGGCGUCGGUGCGGACGCGGCGACGACAGGUUUGGGGAAGGUCGGAGGUCGCGUGACGGAAGUGAUGGAGCUCUGUUACGUCACGGAGAGGAUCAUCGCUCUUUGGUACAGGGAGGAUGCCCAGGGAGUGCUCGAACAUGCCACCACGCUGCUCCGAGGGAAACACGCCGAUAAUUAUAUGAUAUUCAACCUGUCGUCGCCAGGACGUCCCGGCGAGCCGAACACCAGAGAAGAAGGCUGGCCCCAAGGUCUGGCGCCCAGUUUGGAAAGGUUGUGUGCCUUGUGCAAGGAGCUGGACUCCUGGCUGAACGGUGCGCCUAAUCGCGUCGUGGUUCUCCACGCCAGGGGUAGCAAAGAGCGAUUGGGUGUGGCAGUCUCCGCGUACAUGAACUACAGCAGCAUCUGCGGAGGACGCGACCAGGCGCUGGACAGGUUCGCCAUGAGGAGAUUCCUGGACGACAAGAUCGGAUCCCUGCAGGUCCCGUCGCAUCGAAGGUACAUCAAGUACUUCAGCGGGCUGCUCUCUGGCUCCUUAAGAAUCAGCCAGUCACCUCUCUAUCUGACGCACCUCACGGUCCUCGGGGUGCCUCUGUUCGAGCCGACCGGCUGCCGAGCGUUCCUCAAGGUCUACGAAGGACUCACUCCGGUCUACACCUCGGACCUCUACUCAGUGACGAACGCUCGAGAGUUCACGGUGAACCUCGGCGGUCUGCGACUGCGGGGCGACAUUCUGGUGAAAUGUUACCACAGGGUGUACUCGAAGCAGAGCCGGGAAGUCAUGUUCUCUCUUCAGUUCCAUACCUGCGUAAUUACGGAGAAUGUGGUGUCCUUCCCUCGGUCCGAGCUGGACGUUGCCUGCGACGAUCCUAGAUGUCCUCCGGACAGCGUGGUCACUCUCUACUUCGCCACGGACGCUAAACGCCAGGACGGCCCUAUUCCGGCGCCUACGCCCGCUGUGCCGCACACCUCGGCUCAUCACGAUCCCAUCUUGCACUGGGACAGCUACACGAAUCUCGAAAUCAGCGACGACGAAGGACGGGAAACACCAUUAUCACCGCCGCCACCAUCGAGUUCCUCGGUCCAGACGUCGCCUCGCGGAUUGGGUUACACCUGCGGUCCCAUAGAUGGAUCCUUGUACGCUGUGGUUCACCAGGGUGCUGCCGGUGGUGCCCGCGGCUCGCCAUUGACAGUUUCCAUGGACAGUGGCAUCAGCAGUGCCCCACCGCAACGACCCAGCCCACCCGAGCCAGAGCCGGACAACCAGGCUCAUGGUGAUCUUGAUAAACUCCUCCAUGAUAUGAUGCUCACUGUCGAGUCUAUGCCAGAUCCCCCGACGGAGGACUACCGAGCAGACAGGAGCGAGAAGAUGUACAUCCAGGAAAACCGGAGCUACAGCAGCCACACGAGUAACUCCCCGUCGACGUAUUCCACGCUGAAGGACUCUUACAGGAGCUACGGCGCGGGUAAAGAGUCCAGCCCGCCUUACAACGCAAGCAGCAGCUACAGUACCCUGAAGAACGAGUACCGCGAGCCGGCGAAGAUCGAGCACCGUCGCGAGGAGUUCGAGUACCGAGUGUCCCCGGACCGGAAGAUCUCCGAGUCCUCGACGGACUCGUACAGGAAGCACGCGGACUCGUUUUCCCCGUCGGGGAACAUCGAUUACAUCGACGAGGACAUCCCCUAUCACGCCCGGCAGACCAGCCAGCCGUUCUCGUACGGCGCCACCACGGACAUGAUCAAACACCAGAAACUGUCCUCGCCUUCCCUGGUCAGGAAGGCCUCGGUCAGGGGCGCCGCACCUGUUGUGGACUUCGAGGAGAUCCUGGGGGAGAACUCCAGGCGACCCAUUAGUCCUUUGAGCCCCAACACACCCGACCCGCCGCCGGAGUUCGCUAAUGGGCCUGCGAAGACCAGCUCGGACCAUGUAGACGGAUUAUCGUGGCUGAGGCAGCAGCAGCUCAAGCUCGCUGCGAGAAGGGACGAGAGGAAUCCUGGGAAACUCUGGCGACAGGAGACCGGGAACCGGGUGAUCGGCGAGCUAAGGAGCUUGCAGAGGGGCAGACUGAGGCAUGACGGGUACGCCAGCGAUUCUGCAGUCCUCGAUGACGAUGACGAAACCUGGAUGCCGCAUUCUGUGUCCGGACAGACGCAAACGAGGCAGCUUCCGUACACAUCGGCGCCAGCGAGUCCUCUGCUUCCGCAGCGAUCGAGCAGCCGGAAGUACAAUGGGACCGCCGGAACCGGCACUUUGGGAAGGCCGCGCGCUGAGAGCGUGAACGAGCGUCCCUUCAUGACAGUGAAGCGAGCUUACGAGUACCGCAAGUACGGCGAGAGCCAGAGCCCUCCGACAUCCCCCCGCUCAGGCUUAGUCGGCACGCAACCCUUAGGAUUAACAAUGCAGCAACAAGCCACGUUUAUUAACACGGAGAAGCCGCAGCCGCAGCCGCCGCGGCCGGAAUCGCGGAGCGACAGUUUCGCGCGUGCGGACGCUCUGUUGCGCGAGCAUCGACAGCAGCAGCAACAGCUACCCGGUGCCGGGAGCACGGUCGCCGAUCACCUGGACCAGAAGCAAACGCUGUCGCAGGAUUUCGGCGAGCGAAACGCUCGGCCGGAGUCGCGGAACCGUUCAGUAGGUUACCAAAGCUUCGAGAGGAGUAUGAUCGUGAACGACAGGACCGUCGAUCACGUGGACGCCGGCUUGCUGGCCGUCGUUGACCAGCAAUCUGCUCAGGCGACCGCCCCGGAUCCUCUCGUGAGCCUCAUUCAAUCGCUGGCCGAUAUUUCGCCCGUUCGAUCGCCUCCAUCCGUCACUAACAAGAACGAGAACGAUCAUCCCGCGAGCAUCAGCCCGCCGGCGAACAAUCCUGCGAGCAGCAACGCCACCGCUAACAACACCGGCACUAAUUGCUCCCCUAACCAGUCGCCCAAAGCAUGGCAGAAUUGCACCCAGUCCCACAAUGACUCGGCGUCAUCGUGGACCGAGAGGAGCGUCAGUCCCGGAAGCGUGGUCGUCGGCAGCGCCUCGAGGCCUCAAACACCGGCGUUUCCGGUCCAUCCUCGGACCCCGUACGUCAACAACUCGUCGCCGACGGUCACGUUCGCCUCCGACCGCUCGUACGUCACGUCGAACACCAGCUACAACCUGAACAACAAUAACAACGUCAACAACGAGGUGGGCGGCAACAACAACAACAAUGUCGGGAACUACGCGAGCGAGCGAACGAUCUACAUCGAGGAACGGAGAGACGUUUCCAAGGAAUCGGGGCUUCCUCCCAAGAGUCCGACAACACAGAGCAAGGACCGAUCUGUUUCUCCGAUAAACGAGUCGACGAUGUCGCAGUCGCAAACCAUCUCACGCAGCCCCGGCACACCGACGCACAUCGAGUUCGCCCAAAGCCCGAAGAGCGCCGCCUCGUACACGUCCAUAAACAGCGGCGGCCAAUCCUCUCCUCAGGUUCAGUAUUAUGGCUCGAGACGGUCGAGCGUUCACUCGAACACCGAGCCCCAAGAAGUAGCCGAUGCCAAUGUGAAGUUCGUGCGCGACACCAGCAGGAUCUGGUACAAGCCUAACAUAUCUCGGGAGCAAGCAAUCUCAAUGCUAAAGGACGCAGCGCCAGGGACAUUCGUCGUCCGAGACAGCAACUCCUUCCCAGGAGCCUUCGGCCUAGCCCUGAAGGUAGCUACCCCGCCUCCAGGAGCGCCCAGUAGCCCAAGAGACCCAUCGAGCGAGCUGGUUAGGCACUUUUUGAUCGAGCCAACCUCGAGAGGCGUUCGACUAAAGGGAUGCGCGAACGAGCCAGUGUUCAGCUCCCUGUCGGCGUUAGUUUACCAGCAUAGUUUAAUGGCGAUGGCUCUGCCUUGCCAGCUGUUGCUCCCGGAACCGGAAGCCGCAGCCAGAGCUCUCGAUUCUCCAGGUGCUAACAGCGCUCAGCAGUGGCUCAUACAGGGUGCAGCCUGCAACGUUCUUUACCUCUUCACCAUGGACACAGAGUCCCUAACUGGGCCCCAGGCCAUCAAGAAAGCAGUCACAACCAUGUUUGAUCAGAAACCACUGCCCACUGCGACCAUCGUUCACUUCAAGGUCUCCUCGCAGGGGAUCACGCUGACCGAUAACGCCAGGAAGCUUUUCUUCCGCAGACAUUAUCCCACUAACAACAUCAGCUAUUGCGGAUUGGACACUGAAGAACGCACCUGGGAGUUCUCCAGCGAGGACACGGGACGACCUGUUAGCGCUCACCGAUGCUUCGGGUUCGUGGCAAGGAAACCCGCCCACAAGUCGGACAACCAGUGCCACGUGUUCGCCGAGCUGGAGCCCGAGCAGCCGGCAAUGGCGAUCGUGAACUUCGUGAACAAGGUGAUGAUGGGCAGCUCGAUGUCCAAGGCCAACAUCGUCUAGACCAUCGACGGUCGUCCUGGUCGUCCAUCCAUCUCUGGCAACGAUCAUCCCAUCGUCAGACCACAGACGGGAAUACGAGAAGCAAUCGCGGAAUCGUUUCAUCGGCGCGAUUCGAAUGGAUCCAUCGACUCGACGAAGAUCCUGGACCCAGCGACAGGAUACGGUGUAGCCGGCUUCCGAUUGGAAGCCUCCCAUGCAUUUCGUGGAACGUAGAAUCGAGUCAGUAGAGCAUGAACGUGUUCCGAUACAGUAGCGAUUUAUCGGUAGGGAUCGAUCGGCACGGAGGAAACUCGAUUCCAUCCUUGCGUCACACGCUUCGGAAGGAGAACGUUGUUAAGAGCGGAGAUCGUUAAACUGUUGGUAAUUAUCGUAGAGGAUAGUAGAGUAAUAUAAAAUGUAUACGCGGGGAAGGGGCGUGACGGUGCGGCGCUUCGCCGCCACUCUAUUCAUUGUUAUGGGAUUCCGGUGAAUUCUAAUGGGGAGUUUACUUUUUAGUACUGUCCUAAAAUCCCGUAAUGUCGUCCUCUACGCGCCACGUUCGUAUUGGACGGUCACAGACGAUGCACGUCGGCGUCCGAAUGGUAGGAGAUCCCCAGCUGCCUACACUUAAUUAAGAAAAAUUUACUGUCUAUACAUCAUUGACACGUGAGCAGGAUCCAAAGGCUUGAACGUGUUCCAUCACUUUUUACGUACUUUUCUAAUAGCCUUCCUCGCCUCGAUUUCCUCGUUUGGUCAAGUGCAUUUUUGUUAGUUAGGCUAGACGGUUCUCAGACUCUGAGCGGACAGGAUCGACUGCCAUUCGACGAGCUCGCGGUUUGCUCCACGAACGGUCCCGGGUCACUUACGACCCACGAGAUCACGGUUUUAUUAACCGAUCUUGGACGCUGUUGUUCAGAGAUGUUUGAAAAAUAGAAAAAUUCGCGUGAUUGCGACUGUUACAGUUAGAUGUGUGAUGUUCAUGUAAUAAUCAUGUUCAUACUGUGAUUACUUACGGUAAUUACACUGUCUUAAUGUUGAAUUCAAUGAAAUAGAACUUGGUCGUCUUGAAGAACUUUGAAAUAUGUAAGAAACGGUGACGUGAAAUUGAUUUGCAAAUUCUUGCGAGAUAAAACGUUGCCAGAUGAGUGUAUUUCCAGUUAGACUGUCUCUAAAUGUGCACUCUGAAAAUAUCUCUACACCCACGCUCUUCUUAUCAAACUGUAACACUUGAAUUCGAGCUACCAGAACUAUACAAUUAUCAAUGCAUGUUAAAACAUUCUGUCUGUAUAAAAAUUAAUUUAAACAUUACCACGAAAGAUACGAAUUGAGUACAGUUUCCCUGAACUUGACGCGAAGCAUAAAACCUGUAAGAAGAAUGCUAUAAAAUCAGUAAAAGUCAUCGAGUGUUUUAAAUAUUUCUGAACGACGGUGUGCAAACGUAGCACGGGUCAAAAAGGACCGGUCACCGGUCGGCGGAUCGAGCGAGAGUAAAGUAAGGGAAAGAAAGAAAGAAAGAAAGAAAGAAAGGAAGAAAGGCAGCAUCGUCACGCCUCGCCUCGAGCGCGAAAGCUAAUUAUGCGAACGUACCGACAUGCACACGCGAACAUACCGAUAGUUGGUAGGCCUAGUUGAGUAUUUCGACCGUGUUCGCCGCGCGGAAAUCAAAACGAGUACGUCUCUCGAACGAACGACAUGCUAAUCGAAUGAAGAAGAAGAAUAGCGAGAGGAGAACCAUUAAAAAAAAGAAAAGAAAAGCAAGAAAGAAAAAGCACACGUACUCGCGGCAUUCACGUACGCAGCACCGUAUGCGAACGAUAGUUGAAUCCAUAUGUAUGUUACAAUAUUACCGCGUUAUACCUUGGGACUCUCGAGUAAUGUUUAUCGAAGAAAUGUUACGUCGUUGCGGAGCCGACCUCCGGUUAAUGUAUGGUAUCGUGACACGUUGUUGCUAGACUGCGAACCAUUUAUGCGCGGUACAACGAUCGAACUCGUAGAAACCGUGAUCAGCAAUCAAAGCAAACGAUACCCGCCAAUCUCCGAUCGAAAUCGAAAUGGAACUGUAGCAACAGUUAUGACGCUAUAGCGCACAAGGUUCGCAGCCUAGCGGCUAUAUAAAUAACUGUAAAUAAAAGCGAGCUGGUAAAGGACGCCUCGGUUUCAAUGGGAACGUGUGACGUUCCCAUGAGCGGCAGCGGAGUUAUGGCAGCGAAGUUAAGGCAGCGUUCAGGGAGAAGGAGAAGAAGGAGGAGGAGGAGGUGGAGGACGAAUCGAUAAUGAAUUCGACUCGACAGGUGUCAACGUGACGGAACAAAAAAUAAACGAUACUCGAAGAGGAGUAGCGAGACGUUCACGGUGCAAGUAGGAGAGAUGAAGCGACUUCGUCGCUGCGACCUGUGACCUUAAAGGUUUACUUCUGACACAGUCCGCUAGGUGGUCUAUGAAACUUUCGUACUAUCUGUGAGAGUUUCCAUCGUGUGCGCUACUACAGUAACGCUAUCUUAACAGCACCACAGUUAUGCAAAAAUAAAUUAAAACACCGAUGUUUCACCAGCGCCUCUAGCGGGAACUCGAGGAAGUAAACUUUCAGCGUCACAGGAAUCUUAUGGUGAUCGCAGUCGGUUCGCCUCUCCUUCUUACGCCGUGCAUCAGAUAAACGAAACAUCACACACCUACACGAUCGUUUACAUACACACAUACAAACACACGCAUACAAACAUACACAGAGAGAGAGAGAGAGAGACACAUACACACGAAACGUACAUGAAUGUACACGUCAUUUCGUUUGAUAACCCCUCCCAGCCACGUAGGUUCUUGCCAUUUAAUGAAUCGUCCUCGGGAGCGACGUCCUUCGCACCCAAGAUGGCGGAACCGACGAAGGAGGAUCCCUGCGCCGGGGACGACGGUAAUCAGUCAAUUAUUACGAAAGAUUGUUACAUGUAAUUACGACAAUACCGCGGCGAGGGGAGGAUGUCUCCUUCUCUCGUCGCAGCUGUUUUCUUCUUUCGCGUUCUAUCGGGUCCGGGGAGGAUCGGUUCGCAUCUUCCGCCUGUUUCUCGUUCCCCGAGACUCCUGACGACGAUCGCAGGACGUAUCGGGGAAGGGUUUACCGGCUGGAACACUGUGCUAGUCAAAAUUCGAUGUGUAUACUCGGAAGCGAUGAUGAAUUCGGUAAGUUUAGUGGACGACGGUUUGCCGGACCGAUCUCUCUUCGUGAAACCCGACGACCCCCCCACCCCCCUGUCUCAUUUCAUCGUAUGUAUCAUUUCGUACACGUGGAAACCUGACUAACCGAGUAACCAUUAAUUUAACACCAGUCAUUAUAAUAAUUCUUAAUUAUUAUUACUUAUUUACGCUCUAUUGUUACGUACGUUCACGCAAUAAUUGUAUCGUUGCACGCCGGAACGGUGUGUCUCUUAUAGUUGUAACCGUAAUAAACCAUAUUCGCAGCGUA